UGAUAAAACUUUUUAAAAUAAAUUUACAUAUGAACCAUGAAGGAGAUACGUAUUUCAAUAAAAGAAAUUAAAAAGUCAUUGAAAAAAUGGUAAAGAAACAAAAUUGAGGCAAAAAGAAGAAAAAGAAAAGAGAAAGGAAAACGUUACUGACGAGCAGAACAAGACGAGGAGGAGAAGAAGAGAGAUAGAGGGAGUGGGGGCAUGGACGCACUGAAGUACAUCUGGGAAGGUGCAAUUCCAUUACAGAUUCAUCUCCAUGAGUCUGAAGUCACCACCGUCCCUCCUCCACCACCUGCAAUGGUCUUAGCUCCUCGGAUUGGCUACCUGCCUCUGUUGGCUUCUCAGAUUAAACCUUACUUCGGUAGCACGCUUCCUCCUGGAGUUGACACCAUCUGGUUUGAGUACCAGGGUUUGCCCCUUAAAUGGAAUAUACCAACUGGUGUACUCUUUGACCUACUAUGUGCAGAACCAGAAAGACCAUGGAAUCUAACGGUACAUUUUAGAGGUUAUCCGAGACAAUUGUUAAUUCCUUGUGAAGGUGAAGAUAGUAUAAAGUGGAGCUUUAUUAACUCGUUAAAAGAGGCGGAUUACAUUGUCAAUGGGAACACCAAGAAUGUCAUGAGCAUGUCGGAACCCGAUCUGUUGGAGUUAUGGCGUUCUGUAUCCAAUGUUGAUUUAGAAGCCUAUCUACGUAUAUCAUCUAAACUUAAGCUUGGAGGAACUGGUCUCGAGCAUGUGUUGAAAUCUAUAUCAGCUGCAUCAUUGCCUGCUAAAAGUAGUGGCGAGAUGGAUAUAGCAGGACAACUAAUAACAGGUCGAAUUCCCGUUCGAUUGUAUGUAAGGAAUUUAGGUGAUGAUUUUGAUAAUUUAGAAGAUGCACCACCAGUUAACAAUUGGGAUGAUGUCUCAUACAUUAAUCGUCCCGUAGAGAUCCAAGAAGAAGGUAAGUGCUUCACCUUACAUGAUGCUGUUAGGAGUCUGUUACCUGAGCUUUUUACCGAGAAGGCGACUACCAAGGACGAAUCAACAAAUGUUAUAGGCGAAGAACAAAGUGAUAGUACAGAACAGUUGGAUUGUACCAAAACAGAAGGGGGAUCUACUUCUUCUGAGGAAUAUUUGCAAUCUUAUCAUCCUAGCAUCAAGCUGGUUAGGAUCCAAGGGAUUGAACCAAAAGGCCAAAUUCCUUUCUCCUGGGUAGUGAACAACUUAAUGAAUCCUGAGUACUUCCUUCAUAUCUGUGUUUUUGUAUGAGUUCAAUAAGUCAGAUGCUAAGUUAUAGGACCAAAGACCAAGUAGGUAUUUCCAUUCUUUCAUUUGUGGUGUGGGGGAUUGGAUUUUUUUUUUUUUUUUAAUUGACAUUCUUUUUAAAAGAAUUAUUCUGUAAAGUUGUACAGAAAGUAAUGUUAUCAAUGUCUAUAAGUAGUCACCCAUUUCAUUUUGUAGCA